AUGAACAGUGAUAUUGUGGAGGAAAGUUAUGAUGAGAUGGUUAAACGCCAUCUCAAGGAACAAAAAGAUUUGUCCAACAAGAUCAACUCGAUGAAAGGCAAUAUGAAGAAAUCAAAUAGAAAACAGAUAAUGGACAAUUGUAAAAAUUUGCAAUUUGAAUUGGAUGAAAAGCACAAGAAGGAAUUGAAUAGAUUCAGUAAUGGCAAUGAUGGAAUCGAAAACGAAGACGAAGACGAAAUCACUCCAGAAAUGUUAUUAGCUCAAUUAAGUAUAGAGACAAAGCAACAAGACGAAUCAAAAUCUGAUACCCUCUCUUCUACUGCCAACACCAAUCAACCAAGGAAAUCUAGAAACAGACAAAAGGAAAGACUAGCAAAAAGGCAACAAAAAAUUGAAAAAAUUAAGGAGGAAGCUAGAGAAGAAGCUGCAAACCAACCAAAUUAUCAAGAGAUAGAACAAACAGUUUUAGACGAUUACUGUUUGGAGCAUAAGUUUGUACAAUACGAUAUUAAACCAGACGGUCAUUGUCUAUUUGCAUCGAUACUAGAUCAAUUGACUAUUAGUAUCAAUAAUAGUAAUAAUAAGAUCCAAUAUAAUGACGUAUCUGAGUUGAGAAAAUUGUCUUGUGAAUAUGUUGAUAAAAAUAGAGAUGAUUUCAUACCUUUUAUGUUUGAUGAAACCACUGGUGACUUAAAAGAUUUGGAUGAAUAUAUUAAGGAAAUCUCGGAAACUGCUAAAUGGGGUGGUGAGAUUGAAUUAUUAUCUUUAUCAAAAUCAUUAAACGUUACUAUUAAAGUAGUAAUGGCAAACUUAAACAAUAACUCUAUAAAUUUCCAUAUUAUCAAUGAAUCAGAUGAUAAUUCUCUAGAUGUAUUGAAUUUGGUAUACUAUAAGCAUAGUUAUUCAUUAGGUGAGCAUUAUAACUCAUUGCGUCCAAUGGACUGA